GUGGUAGUAGUGUAAGUAAUAGUAUUGAUAGUAGCGGAGGUUUCGGUGGUGGUGCCUCCUUUCUAUCCAGUAAAAUCUCACAUAAACAGAACAACGUGAAUGAUACACAACACACAAGUAAGGAUGGAAGCCAGAGGUUCUGUCUCACCUCUGACCAUCACUACAAUGUAUUUUGGAAUCUUACUAACCCUCCUCUCUACCAGCCAACUUCCACAGGUGUUGGCAUUCCUUGUAAUAGAUGGACCAAAAGACCAUGGUGUGUCUGUUAAAUCAAACACAACAUUCUUUUGCAAAGUGUACGACACAAACUUCUCAGGCCCAGGAGAUUGGGAACCAUUUUUGAUAUCCUGGAGUUUCCAACCAUUAAAUGGUGCACCGACAACCAUUCUGGAAGUUGAAAUUCAUCGGAUGGAAUUUAUUCAACAGUUAAAUAUUAAUGAGAAUAAAUACAGUACAUCAAAUGGUUAUGAACUGCAUGUUAAGUCUGUGACUUUCGCUGAUGCUGGAAAUUACACCUGUAUGUUAAAUAUAUCUGAUGAGAAAGUUGGUGCCUCACUCUUUGUCUUGGAAAAGCCACACUGCUCCAUACCACCAAUGCCAUUAAUGGUCAAUGUAUUAACUCACUUUAACUGUUCGGUCAAUUAUGCUGGACUGAAUGCCCCACAUCUGGAAUGGUACCAUGGACCAGAUAUAAUGGACACAGACAGCAAUAUAACCAGUUCCACAGUGUCAUCAACACUGACCAUUUCUGCAACCAGAGACAAAAAUGGACAUAUCUUCACCUGUUAUGCCAAAUAUGAGGAACAAACCUUCACUACAUAUUGUCAAACCAUUCCACCCCUCAGUAUUUACUUUCCAGUUCGAGUAGAAACAACUUAUGCAGAACCCCGAAAGAGAUACAAUAUUUACUCCCGAGGGGAUGAUGUCUACUUACACUGUAUUGCCUUUGGUAACCCGAUCCCUGACUACCACUGGGUGUACACCUCACCAGACAGUCGCAACCAUUUUGUGCUUUCCCAGCUCAAUUACUAUCGGAUCCGAAAUGUCCAGAGAGGAGAUGAAGGCAACUACUCUUGUAGAGUGACCAACAAAUACAAUGGCCAGACUUACGAGGAUGAAAAAAUCAUUCAGAUUAGAAUUACAGAUGAUCAGAAACCGUUUUUACAACAUACAGCGAAAAAAUCCUUUCAUUACAGUUUCCCUGUAAAUACAAUUUCUCCUUACACUAUUGGUGCUGUGAUCUCGUCUUCAUUGGCAGUCAUUCUUAUUAUUGUCUUCAUUGUUUUAGCUGUACGCUUGAGGGGUGAAUAUUCUGACAACAGACAUGGAUGGGAAAUACCUCGACGUUUCAUAAAAUUGCAUGAACUCAUUGGUAAAGGUGUCUACACUGAAGUAUGGAGAGGUAAAAUGCAGAAAAAUCCUGCCAGAGAAGAUAUGGUUAGGGUUGCCAUUAAACGACUUAUGGUUGAAGCCACUGACAAGGAAAAAAAGUUCUUUCUGGAAGAAAUGGAAGUGUUAAAAAUGCUGCCACCUCACCACAAUAUUAUCCAUCUCAUUGGAUGUUAUACACUCCAUGAGCCACAGCUGAUUGUGUUAGAAUAUGCAGCAGAAGGUACACUCAGAAACUAUCUACAACGGCACCGUCUCGGUCAGCAGGAGAUUGAGAUUAACUCUGGACACCAACAAGCUGUCAGAUUGCGUAAUUAUGCUCUGACACCACAAAUGAUGCUCAACUUGGCAACCCAGAUUUUGAGAGGAAUGGAACAUCUCUUGAGAUUUAAGCUUAUCAGUUACCGUUUAACUUCAGCCAGUGUUCUAGUAGCAAAAGGUGGUGUGAUCAGGUUGACUGGUUUUGGUUUCCAGGAAGAUGUCAUGUCUCGGAAUCUAUAUGAAGCAACAUCAUUGCCAGUACGAUGGAUGUGUCCAGAAUCUAUUAAAGAACGUAUCUUUAACAUUACAACUGAUGUUUGGGCUUUUGGUAUUCUUCUGUGGGAAAUCAUACAUUUUGGUUUGACACCUUACCCAACUAUGGGACCACAGGAAGUGUGUGAGAAGGUCACCAGUGGAUAUCGCAUGCCGCAGCCACCACAAUGCAGUGCUGAAUUGUAUGGCUUGAUGUUAUCCUGUUGGCAGAGCCACCCAGCCAAUCGGCCCUCACUGGAAGAACUACAUCAUUUGUUGAAAAGCAUGAGCAGGGUUUACUCUGAACAUAUACUGUUUGAAAAGAUACCAGAGUAUCAAAGAGCUAGCCCUUAUGAUCAAUUAGAUAGUGAUUUGUGAAAGUAGUCAGAGGUUGGGUGCAGUGAAUGAUGAAGAAAGGGUGUCUGAGUAGAAUGAAGGAGGAAGUAUGUGGAAAACAUGACACAAAUAAACAAAAACAAACAAAAAUGAUAAGGUUCUAAUUUAUAUGAGCAAUUAUCAAAACACUAAAGCCACAAUGCAAUGAAGAAAAAAAUCAAAUUUAUAUAUACAUCCAUCAACUGGAUGUUAUAAUAUACAGUUUCUUUAACAAACACCAAUAUAAAAGUGUGUAUAUUAUAUAUAUGUAUGUAUGUGUAAAUAGACACGGUAACCAUAUCUUAAGCUCUUCCUACGUAAAUAUCUUGAAUAAAUUCUUGAUAUCAUAUUAAGGGCAGUGUUCAGGCCAGAAAUCAAAGAGCUAUGAGUUCUGUUUCCAAAAGGUAAAAGAAUUUUCAAGUUUAAUUAAAUUAUUUGAAUAAUACAAUUACAGGCCUACAUAUGACACACACACAGGGUAGUGUGAUUUGCUGGUUUAAGCUUGUCCUAACACCAUAAACAAUCAGGUGGUUAAAAAUGUGUUCCAGGCAUCUAGAUUUGACUGGUUCAAACUACAUCUCUGUCAUUCUCAAUGUCAGAAAUGCCAUUUAAACCAGUGAAUGUCUCAUUGGAAUCUUUUAACUAGUGAUGAUACACUGUCCACAAAUUACAAUAUAAGAUAUAUAUUUUAAAGUCAAUUAAUUAGUUAAAUGAAUAAAUGCAGUAUGGCAUAUUAAUUGUUAAUAACACAGAAAUCUAUAACUUACCUACCAAUACUGUAUGCACAGGUGCAGCAGAAAAGCAUCUGACAAUGUACACUACCAAGAAUGGUGAAUAUGGAAGUUUUUUUGCCACUUGUAUAUAUAGCUGAUAUCAAAUAUAUACACCUGGUCAUAAUUUCUCAUAUUAGCAUAAGGCCACACCUAGUGUGUGUGUGUGUGUGUUAAGGAAUAGGAAUUUAGGGACCCCAGGUGAAUACCAAGUCAAAACUCCAUGCAAGAUCUUGGUUAACAGUAUGGAUAGUUAACAAUAUCAGAAAAAAGUAUUUGGUUAAUCAUAUUUGGAAAAUCCAAAUAAGAUAUCCAUACAAACUGGAAACCUAGGGAAAUGUACUGACAGAACAUAAAAGUAAACAAAGGAAUGAAGGUGAUAUAUUACAUUUUUUAAUCAGUGAUGAUCAUUUCAAUAAUCAGUACAAUUUUGUUAUGUCAAUCACCAUGAUGGGUUGUACAUAUAAAUUAUAUAAGUCCAUAUGAUAUUAUAAGUUCUAGUAGUCAUUUCUUCAGACUAAUAUAGCAUCAA